AGAUCGACCCGCUGGGGGCGCCGUGAGCUCUGCUGCGGGAAGCAGCGGUUGUGGGUUUGAAUCCCAGCCUGGGGCUUUCUGCAUGGAGUUUGCAUGUUCUCCGUUUGCCUGGGUGGGUUCUCUCUGGGUACUCCUCCUGCAGCCCAGACCAGGAAUAAUCUGCAUUCUCACGUCUCUAACCAGUUGAUCCCUGUUCAGGGCCCGUUUCCUCCCAGCUGUCUGUAGAAACACACUCAGCUCUCAGAAGUUGAAGGAGUUUUCCAUUCAGAAAGGCAUCAAAUGGGUUCCUGGUAGUUUGUCAGGCCACUGUAGUUUGUCCAUGUUGCUCCUCUGACGUUAAUAAUCUGAGGGAUUGAGGCCUGACCUUCAGGUUAAUCCUGUCAGCUCCCUCCAGGCUGCCGCAGAGGAAAUCCCCGCAGAUCUGCGCCGGCUGCACCGCUCUCUGGGUCUCUGUGCGUUCGGCAUGCUCAGCCUCCCGUAGAGUCGCAGGAUGUUCUCCUGGGUGGUGAAGGUCGUUCCUCAGCCUGCUGAAGCUCCGGCUGCUGCUGAGUCGGUGAAGAAGAAUGAAGCCAAGAAUGCUUCAGCAACGAGCCCUGAGGAAGCCUCAGAGGACGGCCAGAGCAACGGGGGAGUGAUGGGCUGGCUGUCCAACGGCUUCGUCAGCGUGCUGCCGCAGCCGCCGGGGUCACCUCUGCUCAAGGGGUCCAACGCAGACUGCAGGCCAGGAGAGGAUGGAGAUCGGACCGGCGUGAUGGGCUGGGUCGCUCAGGGUCUGACCAAGGUUCUGCCUCAGCCGGAUGAGAAGUACCGAGAAGCGGCUGAGACCCAGAACGCCGCCGAGGAGCACACCGAGGUGUUCGAGGCGGCGACAAUGCCAGAUUAUGACCCGCUUCCUCACAUCCCCGUGGUGGAGGUGGUGUCGGAGGAGGACGUUUCUGAAGUGGAGAGUUUGGCUCCUCAGUUCCGUCCAAAGGUGGUGAACUGGAUAAAGCAGAUAGUCCCUCAGCCAGUGAUUCUGCCCUCUGGUGGCGUACCUGUGGAAGCGCCACCAAAAGUCUCCCGCUCCUCUCUAGACAAAGUGCUGUCGCCUCCACCAGAGUCUCUCAGUGGGAUUUCACUGGACACCGACAGCAGAGCUGGAGUGGUGGACUGGUUCGUGUCCGGCCUGGGUCUGAAGAUGCCGCAGCUCGUAAUGCCGCCCAAAGACGAAGCUGAGGGAGCGACUGAAGUGCUGCAGAAAGCUUCCUCCAAACUGAAGCCCGACAUGGUUCUGGAGGACAUGGAGUCGGACAACGAGGGCCAGAACCGCCCCAAAGCUGCAGGAUCCCAGGGUCCAGCGGGUGACCCGGCCCAGCAGGAGAGGGGGAGGUCCGGCUCUGCGCAGGCUCUGGGGAAAUGCGCCACCCAGGUGGCCCCGCAGGACCUGGCUUCAGACAGCGGGACAAAAACAUCUCAGGAAGACGCAGAGACCCAGACGGGCCGCUGGACGCCGUUCAUCGAAAGCAUUAAGAAGGAGGCUGAAGGCGUGGCGCUGGCCUCCAUGGAGGAACGCCUGCUGCUGGAGCGCAUGGAGAUGGCCCGCCUGGCCGAAGAGGUGGCCCGGCAGACGGCAGAGAUGGCGGUGAGGCAGAUGGCCAGCGAGGGAACCUCCAUCAAACUCUCCCUGGAGAGCCAGGAGCUGCUGGAGGAACCGGAGGAACCAGAGGAGCCGGAGGAACCAGAGGAACCAGAGGAACCAGAGGAACCGGAGGCCGAGUGAGAACGUCUUCAGGAUUUCAUCUGGGACCAACAUUAUGAGGAACCUGACUGACUGUUUUAACCUGACUGACUGUUUUAACCUGACUGACUGACUGUUUUAACUUGACUGACUGUUUUAACCUGACUGACUGUUUUAACUUGACUGGCUGUUUUAACCUGACUGACUGUUUUAACCUGACUGACUGACUGUUUUAACCUGACUGUUUUAACUUGACUGACUGUUUUCUGCUGCCAGAUUGCCAGCCGCACCAGAAGAAGUCAUCAAGCUGCAGCCAGGAGCCGAUGCAGAUGCAGAGUGAGUAUCAGCUGGUUUAUUAAACGUCUCCAUCGUCUCUGCUCUCUGCAGCUGCUUGUUCUGCGUUUCCUGCGUCCAGAGGCUCUGGGCUCCCAGCUGGGAGGCGAGAACCGAGCUGAGGUUCUACAUUCUACCCAGUCACUAUGUAAUGCGUCGGCUCGACGCUACGACGCUUAGCUGCACUGUAAACCGUCCUCCACUGCAAAGAGAGAAGAGUUGACCGAACGUUAAUGCAAUAUUUGGGGGCGUGGCCAACACAGACUGAACGGUUUUGCUCCGCCUCUAAAACUAAAACUCUUUCUGUUCACUGAUUGGCCUGCUAUCGGAGAGAAACCAAGUGAAUGGAAGGAAGCCCAGACUGAGAUUUUUAUUUGAGUGGAAUUGCACAGAAAAGCGACGGCCAGGAUAGGAUCCUCGAGAUAUCUUCUUCUGAACUUAUAUUUCAUCAAGCUAGUUCGUCCUCUGUCUCAUUAUUCUGGUAAAAAGUCGGUAGAAAAUUGGAAACAUUUAGUCAAACUUAAAGUCAGACACUUACACUUUUUCUACAGUCUAUAUAAAUAUCUAAUGUCAACUUUAAAUGCCUUUUUAAGAAUAUUUUGUUGUUCUAAAUCGGCUAUUAACUGAUUUAACUAAUGGUUGGUCAAGGUUUUCUCAUUUACAGAUGAUUUCAAAAUAAAACCCAUUUCUUUGUGAUAAUUUUUUAUCUUAAAGUUUACCCAAAUACUAGGACAAAUGAAUUAAUAAUAUUA